AUGGAGAAAUCCAGCCUUUCUUUCCGCGUUUUUGGAGACUGUGAAGAACGUGUUGGUGACGGUGUUAGUUGCUAUUUCAAGUUGAACACCGUUAGGGUUGUUCUCCGUGCUCUCCAACCGGAACAGCUUGCAUUAAUUCGACCAGCUUUUGGGGGACUGGUUGAGCUUGAUUCUCGGCUUACCUUUUCCCGGAAGCUCGCUCAAUUUUUGCUCUCUAGACAAUUAGUUGUUGGUAAAAACCAUGACAUAUGGGUUGUCUUUUGUGGUAAACCUAUAAGGUUUAGCCUUAAAAAGUUUGUAAUAGUGAUUGAUCUUAGGUAUAGCUCGCGAUUUUGUUUGCUAUGA